AUCCGUUUGAUGGGAGAACGACCAUGUCAAUGAGGUCAUAAGUAAACGUCUUGUCGUUGGAGGUUUUUCUAAUUUAUUUUUAAAAUCAGGAGAUGAAAAUGGUUUUCCCUUGCUGCCUUCAGCCAAACUGCCCGUCAUAUCUAUUCAUAUAGUCCUCGCCAAACCAACGGUAACUUUCGAAAUACGAUUGAAAGGAGUUCAUGAAUGGCCCCUCUCAAACUCUAUCCAAAACCAAGCACUUGCUUACAGCCACAAGAACCCAAUACCUCUCUCUUUUAAAGCACUAUGCAUCCACUCGUUCCCUUACCAAGACUAAACAACUCCAUGCCCAAACCAUCACUGCAGGCCAUCUCUCCUCCUCCCGCCUCCGCUCAAGCCUCGCUGAUGCCUAUAUGCAUUGCGGGUAUAUCCCUCAUGCUCGUAAGCUGUUCGACGAAUUGCCUGAACGAAGUGCACUCUUAUACAAUAACUUGAUGACUAUGUACGUAAAUAGUGGGCUAUAUCUUCAUGCGCUAAAGGCGUAUGUUGAAAUGCUUCAAUCAGGAUUUUGCCUCCCUGACAACUAUACGUAUCCUAUUGUUAUCAAGGCUUGUAGUGAGCUUUCGUUGCUUGGAUUGGGUAGAGUAUUUCACGGGCAGACAGUGGUGUCCAUGUUUGGUUCUUACACCUAUGUGCAAAAUUCCUUACUGGCAAUGUAUAUGAAUUGUGGGAAGAAGGAGGCAGCACAGAGAGUUUUUGAUGCGAUGAAGGAGAGGAGUGUGGUGUCUUGGAAUACUAUGAUUAGCGGCUAUUUCAAAAAUGGGUGUGCCAAGACUGCUUUAAUGGUUUUUAAUCAGAUGGUUGAUUUUGGGGUUGAGAUUGAUUGUGCUACUGUGGUUUCUGUGUUGCCAGCUUGUGGAUAUUUGAGAGAAUUGGAGUUGGGAAGAAGGGUUCAUGCAUUACUGGAAGAUAAGGGUUUGGGUAAGAAAACAGCAGUAAGGAAUGCAUUGGUCGAUAUGUAUGCAAAAUGCAAUAGCAUGGCUGAAGCAAGGUUAGUUUUUGACAGGAUAGAUGAAAAGGAUGUGAUUAGUUGGACUUCCAUGAUUAACGGGUACAUUUUGAAUGAUGACGUGAGAAGUGCUUUGAUGCUUUGUAGGAUCAUGCAGACUGAAGGGAUAAGACCCAAUUCUGUGACUAUAGCCUCAAUUCUUUCAGCUUGCGAUAAUUUGAGGGACGGUUGUUGUUUGCACGGGUGGACAAUAAGGCAAAAUCUCGAUCUGGAAGUUAUUGUAAUUACUUCAUUGAUUGACAUGUAUGCAAAAUGCCAUCGUGUGGACCUUAGCUUUGGAGUCUUCACAAGAACUUCAACAAAUAGAACAGCUCCAUGGAAUGCAAUGCUCUCUGGGUGCAUUCAUAACGGUCUUGCAACUGAGGCGAUAGGACUUUUCAAGCAAAUGCUAGUAAAAGGAGUUGAACCAGAUGGUGCAACAAUGAACAGUCUACUUCCAGCAUAUGCCAUUCUUGCUGAUUUGCAGCCAUCGAAGAACAUACAUGGUUACCUAACAAGGUCUGGGUUUCUUUCAGGAAUAGAAGUUGCUACAUGUGUGAUUGACAUAUAUUCCAAGUGUGGAAGUCUAGAAUCCGCUCACCAGAUUUUUAAUGCUAUCCCCAUAGAUGUCAAGGAUAUUUUCGUGUGGAGUGUAAUAGUAUCUGGUUAUGGAAUGCAUGGUCAUGGUGAGACUGCUGUUUCACUUUUCAGACAAAUGGUUUGGUCUGGGGUGAAACCAAAUGAAGUUACUUUUACUUCUGUAUUGCAUGCUUGCAGUCAUGCUGGUUUGGUGGAUGAGGGUUUGUGUUUGUUUGAAUUCAUGCUCAAAGACCACAAGAUGCAACCUCAUGAUGAUCACUACACUUGCAUUGUUGAUCUGCUUGGUCGUGCAGGUCGAUUGGAUGAAGCAUAUGAUCUUAUUAGAACAAUGCCUUUUGUACCUAGCCAUGCUGUUUGGGGUGCAUUGCUUGGUGCUUGUGUAAUACAUGGUAAUGUUGAAGUGGGUGAAGUUGCAGCCCAACACGUUUUUGAGCUUGAGCCAGAGAACACAGGAAACUACAUACUGCUGGCAAAACUUUAUGCUGCAGUGGGAAGAUGGGAAGAUGCAGAAAAUGUGAGACAUAUGAUGAAUGACAUAGGAUUGAGAAAAGCACCAGCCCACAGUUUGAUUGAUGCCGUAAAUAUAUGAAAUGUAACAUUUUGUUACGUCAAAUGGAAAAACUCAUCAGCUUGCUAUGGGGUUCAUGUAUAGAUGAAUAUAUGCUGCAUCCAAAGCCAGGGUGAACAUCCAUAUUGAAGAGCAUAUGAUCACGUAAUCGCUAAUCAUUGUAUAUGAAGGGCUCAUUUGGUUGAACCAAAGGAGUUUUCUGAAAGUGGAAGCAAGGAAUGCCUUCCUAACUAACUUAUGAUUGUGAUGAAUCAGAUAUUUCAACGGUACAGCAUUGCAAGUGCAGAAGCAACUCAUUGGUCAAACAAAUUGGCAACGUUUUGCUAAAAAUUUUCAUGGUUAUCUUUUCUUGAAUUAUGUUUAAUGUCUGGAAUGGGCUCCUCUCUGGUAUUAUUGAGAAACAGAACUGGUUAGAGUGGAAGCAUGGGUGAUAUUAUGGAAUGUCAAGAUAGCCUGAGUCAGGGCGAGUAGGUUGCAUGAUAUGCCUGUUUAGCAUGGCUUAUUACCAGGCCAUGUCAAAUCUAUGCGGAUUAGCUGUCGAGAUAUGCUGAGGUGAUUUAUACUAUAUAUAGAUCUCAUUAUGAUAAAGUUGAUGUGAAGCACUAUGUAGGUUUUAACUUACUUGAUUUUAUUUGGAUUCCACCGCCCCUGCCUUCUAUCAUAUUGCAUGUAAGACUUCGGGAAUUGAAAUGUUUGUGGGGUAUUAUUCUUAAAAUA